AGUGCCCGUGCGUGGUGGUGCCAGUGUGUCUAGUAGCGGUGAAGCGAGCGGACGGGUGGUUCUUGCCUCUUCCUCCUCACAGUGGCAGUCGGGCCCUGGUUCAGUGUAUUUUUAAUUAGCCCAGCGAGGCGAGCAGUGCAAGAUUAUACCACAUGAAAAGUACAUAAGAACUCGCAAAGAAAAAAAGACCCUAAUAGAAAAAAAGAAAACUUUGAGACAAUCUUCCCCCGUGCGUGACCACUCCGGACGAGGACACGUGCCUUCACCCAACCCCAGUUUCGGCUCAAGUUUUAAUUGGACCCCAUAACCGGUUUCACUAAUCUACGCAAGUCACUGUCCCUAGUCCCGCGUGACACCCAGAUAGCGCGGGGAGAGAAACGGAGACGGAUAGAGAAAGAGAGAAAAGUGAGAGCGAGAGAGAGAGAGAUAAAAAUAUAAUCGUGUAGGACUGCUGAAAUACUGUCCACCCGUCACCACAAUACGACGCGGAAAUAAAGGAGUGCCAGCCAGUGAGGGGAGGCGCAGCAGUGAGGGGAGGUGAGGGGAGGGGGAGUGACAGAGGUGUCUCCCCUCACACACACCUCCCUGUCACCUCGUGAAAGUCAUUAAGGAGGCCAGGUGACCCACGGUGGCCCCUUCUGAGGACAUGUAGACCCCACGUACAGGUGCCCAGGUGACCCAGCAAGGCACAAGGUCACCACAAAGGAGAAGGUCAACCGGACUUCAGGGCACAGGCAACUGAGAUGGCGGUGGUGGCGUGGUGGUGGUGGUGGCGGGCGGCGGCGGUGAUGGUGGUGGUAGCGCUCUCCUUCACUCCAGAUCCCGCCCUCGCGUGGUCUAGGAAGCGAGGACGCGGCGCAGAGGAGCCAGCGAGCGACCCUAUGUGGGAGAUUCGCCACAUUCUCCCUGACCUUGACCUCGCUAAUAACUCGGUGACAGAUGUGAGGGUCAACGUGGGAGAGAUCGCCUACCUGCCGUGCCGCUUCCCACAGCUGUCUACCCUGCACCACGUGUCGUGGUUCAGGCGGUGGGACUGGCACAUCCUCACGACGGGGGUCUUCACGUACACGUCAGACCGCCGCUUCAACGUGCUGCACACCCAAGGUUCCGAUGACUGGACGCUGCAGCUGAAAUACGUGCACAAGACGGACAACGGAACCUAUGAGUGUCAGAUGUACACACAAACGGGCGUGCUCUCCCAGUUCGUCAACCUACACGUGCACACGCCCCAUGCAGCCAUCUUGGGGCCGCAGGAGCUUCACGUGCAGGAGGGGGACACCAUCACCCUCGUGUGCGUCAUUCAGCAGAGCAAGCCAGCCUUUGUGUUCUGGUACCACGGUGAGGGGAUGGUGAACUAUGAUGACACGAGACAUCGCCUUGACGUCAACACGCAGGCUGAGGGCACCACCACGCAGUCCCGACUCACCAUCACAGACGCCAGACAAACGGACUCCGGGAACUACUCUUGCAUUCCCCCUAACGUGGAGCCCGCCUUCGUGCUGGUCUUCGUCACGGAAAGAGGAGACACCGUGGCGGCAGUACAGAGGCGGGGACACUCUUCAGCCGCGCCUCUUCUCUGCCCCUCCUUCUGCUCCUCCUCCACCUCCGGGCUGCUCCUCGCGGUGGUCAUCAAGGUCGUCCUCACCCACCUGCUCCCUGUCAGAUGAUUCCACGGCCUCGCCCCGCCAGGAAGCAAGACAAACAACAAACACCCUUAGCCCUGUAGUCCCUCAAGUCUAGUGUAUAUCAUGACCUGAAUGUCUGUUUCUUUGUUGGUAAUAUUAACAUACUGGUAAGGACAAUGACAACAGUAACAGCCACAAAGAAGAUGAACAAUAACGUGAUGUACUUAUAGUGUUAAAAAGUGGGAAAAAAAGGCAUUGUUUAUUUCUAUUUAUUCAUCUUAUAUUUGUUUCUCCUAGGUAUUUUUGGAUAAUGUCUCAAUAGGGAGCUUGCGACGGUCUGGUAAGGUGGGUCACUGAUAUGUAAAUGUGCCCGGUGGUUUUGUGUUGAGUAGGUGGUGGUGGUGGUGGUGGUGGUGGUGACUGUGGUCGUGGUGGUGUUGCCUCGUCUGCAUAAUGUCACCUUCGCUGCACCAGUUCGCUCCUGAACCAAGUGGCGCACCUCAUCAGUGUCUCCCUCACACCUACACACGGUACAGGAUAGGGUUUAUACUCGUACUUCCUUCUCCCUCUCUCUCUCUCUCUCUCUCUCUCUCUCUCUCUCUCAAACACAAAAUAUUCACUUAUUCACUACACAAACUUCUUUAGGAUUACUUCACAACAUCUCAAUUAAUAAUCUCCAAAACCACUCAAACAAAAUACAAAGAUGGAAAAGAUAAAAACGGUGCGAGUAAUGAAGGCACAACAAAGGUAAGUCUCAUCAUUUCCUUCCGACCAAAAAAAUCAGUGAGGCGAAACAAAGGCAAGAAAACUAAUGCAGGAUAAUCAGAGAGCAAUUACGUGUACCUUUGUUACCGGUAAAAUGGAGCGAGUCGUAAAGAAAGACAAGCUUACAAAACCAUAUCAAAGACCAUUAGUUAAUUACCAGCUCACUCAGACCUCCGGGGUUGGCGGGAGUUUUGCCUCUUCAAGUGUACAGUUAAGCCUUUAUGAUUCAGGUGCAAGAGAAAACUACCCUCAAAUUUAUCCUCUACAGGCUGAAUUAAGACAUUUUCUGACCUCUCCUGGUUAUGUAUCUUUUCUGUUCUUAAUAACAUUUAUCAUUGCAGGACAAUUUUUUUUUCUUUUUAAUUAGUCAACUCAUCUUUCUCUCCUCUUUCUCUAUUACAAGUUUAAGCCACGUCACUUUUUUUUUUUUCUUAUCUCUACAUAUGCUGCAUCCUUUCUAAUUUCCUUCACUGUAAAAUUCACCACUGCAAGACACAAUUGCCAUUAACAAUAUCCACUUAUCUCUCACCUUUUCAUCUAUUAUAAUAAAAAAAUAAGACACAUUUUCUUAUCGCUCUAUUUACAUCUAGAUUUUCUGUCUUUUUUUCAUAUUUACAUUCACCUGAAGUUAAAUAGAGAAGGAACUGUACUUAGCUUUGAUAGAGUAGUAGUAUUACAAGGCAUCCCGCAAGGUGUGUUUCUGUCAAGCUUUCUAGUGUUAAUCUUAUUCUCCGUUAGUGACAAUGAUACUUUCCCGCCAAUCAAUUAGACAAUCAUCCAAAAUCAGACAGGCAGUUAAUCAUACACAAUCAUUCAGUCAAUCACUCAAAAAACUCUCUAAAUUUCACUGCUUUAUCCCGUCAGUGAGUCAUUAAGUCAGUAAGUCUAUCAGCCCUCUAGUCAGUCAGCUGGUCAGUCAUAUAGUCUGUGAUUCCGACAAUCAGUCAACUAGUCAUGUUAAUUCAGUCAGUCACCUUUCUGCCGAGCCAUUUUUCAGCAAGGCAGCCAACUAGUCAGCAAGUCAGGGAAGCAGGGUGCAAGUCAGUCAGGCAAGCAAGCAGGCAGAGAGGGAAUAAGUCAUCAAUCAGGCAGGGAAGGGAGAAAGGGAAGGGAGGAAAUAAGUCAGGGGAAUGAAGGAAGGAAAAGGAAAAGUAAGUCAGUCAGGCAGGCAGGGAAAUAGCAAGUCAAUCAGUCAGGUAGGCAGGGAGGGAGUCAAUCAGUUAGUCUUCGAUACAACACGAUCAACAAGACGCCAGCUAGUCAGUCAGUCAAGCAGGGAGCAUGGAAGGAGUAACUCAGUGCGUCUCCCAUACAGUAAGACCGUCAACACUAGUGAACACGGCGGAGCACUUAACCAGUCAGUCACUCAGAGCCACCCGCCCUCACCACCACCACCACCACCACCACCACCACCACCAGUGUAAAAAUAACCUUGAACCCUCGAGUGUCAGUGAAAAGACGUGAAGGAAGGCGGGAGUGUAAGAAAAGCUGGAAAAAAAGGGAAAACAAGAGGAAACAAGGGAAAGAUUGACACGUGGAGGCGAGAAAAACAAGUAAAUCUUUAGAAAGCAACAGAGAAGACCGAAAAAACAUUUCUUGACCCCAAAAAAGAGGGGAAAGAGGGAAAGGAAAAAUCACUAUCAAAUUCAAGCUCUCUCUCACGCAGGACACACACACACACACACACACACACACACACACACACACACACACACACACACACACACACACACACACACACACACACA